AUGCUCAAGAGAAUUGAUCCUUCGAAUUCUGUCUUGGUUUCUUACUUAGCAACUAUUGAUACUUCUGCAGAAACCAGGAUUCUUCUACCACAUCCAUCUGCAAAGAAAUCCAAGAAGACAAAGAAACGUGAUGUUGGGUCUUCGGAUACCAAAGCCAAGUCUUCGAAGAAACCAAAGUCCGUUCAUGUCAUUGAACCUGAACUCGAUCAGCCAAAGCAUGUUGUUCCUGAUACCCAGGUCAUUGAAAACGAAAUAAUUCCUUCAAAUACUGGUGUAUUCAAGCGUAUUAAGAUGACAUCAAAGACAAAGAGAAGAUCGUUGGGUAUGAAGAGGGUUCUUAAGCCACAAGUUUCUCACCAAGGAGUAAUUUUUAGAGAAGUACCAGCUCCUAUGUCUCCUUCAACAUAG